AUGUGCUGUGGCUCAGAUGCAAGCAAGACCAAGGCCAAGACCAAGCAGGUCAAAAGGAAUCAAGCUGAAACCGCCCGCCUCAAGGCGAUAGCUGAAACGUACAGGCCAGCAGCGUACAGCUGGAAUUACAGACCUACGAAGGCUAUGGAGAGGGAAAAGGACAAGGCAAUCGGCAGGGAGCUCCGCAAGGGCAUUGCAGAGGCCAAGGCUCGAGGCGAAUGGUAG